AUGGACGAAACACUCGCCCUCAAUGCAUCCGACAGCGACCUGCUCGACGAGAUAUCCAAUACUCCCGAGGUGCCCGAAACAUCUCCGUCGCCGGUAAUCCCCGCCGGGCAGCCACCACGGCCGCGCUCCGUCGUCCAGAUCCGCCGGCGUCUGAGAUCAUCCAUCUCGGACAGCUCCAAUGCCAUCGGGCCUUCUCCACCUCACAGGCCCAGGGGGAGAACCCGUCUCCGUCGCCCGUCAGACACCGGCGACUCCAGACGCUCCUCUCCAACCCGAUCCAGACGCGCCAGCGACCGGCGGAGCCGCCCCGAGGCGACUUCACCCGGGCAACACGCCGUGCGCCCUCCAGCCAGAGGCAUCGCCGACUGGACAGUCGCCAGCCUGAAACGGUCUCUCACUCACCAUAACAUCCCUUUCCACUACUCCGACAGGAAGGCCACACUUUUCCGCCGUCUUCGGCAUUUCCUCCACAACUCCACGAGCCGAACACCACUUCCGGGUCGCCGUCGCCACGACGAUGACGUCACGCCGCCGUCUUCGGCUCGCCCCUCCCAUCCAGCCCUUACACAGGGCCAGGUCGUAUCGAACCGCACUCUCUCGGUUCCCGCCUCCCACUCCUCCUCUACUGUCCCCCAAGCUUCACUCUUUUCCCCUCCCCCUCCAGCAGGCUCCUGCCCCCUCCCUCUCUAUCCCCCCCUGCCUUCCAACCACUCUCUUGCCACAGCCACACCUCCAGCACGCCCCACGGCGUCUCCAAGACCAUCCCCGGUGUCAUCCGCCCUCAGACAGCAGAUUCUUUCCGGUAACUACGUCGACCUAGCCCAACUCAUUCACCCAUCCACUCAUAACCCCCACAUCCCCAGGGAACUGCAAACAGCCCUGGGCACCUUCCAACUGAAACAACCACUAACCACCCACUCCAAAGAGCUCACAGCUCCCGAAUUCACCCUUGCCUUCUCCCUGUACCGCGACGUGAUCUGCUCAGCCUUCCCCGACCGCAGGUCAGAGCUGGACGACUACCUGUCCCUCAUUAUCGACCUAGCCUUGCGGUUCGGCGGCAACGGUUUCUAUUCGUACCACAUCCUGUUCGCAUCCCAAGCAGCCGAGCGCCUCCACCAAUUCAACCAGGGCACUCACUGGGGCACCCUGGACAUAGAGCUUUACUGCCGCACCUUCGCAGCACGUCCAUCCCUCCACUGCGAUCAGUGCGGCGCACCAUCACAUCCGGCCACCACCUGCUCCAUCACCACACAGCUACCCCACUCAUCAGCCCCACAGAAACGCAACCAGGCAGUUUCCCGCAAUCUUCCCCCCGCAGCCCCCCCUCCCUCCAUCACCCCUAAACCAGCCACCCCACUGCCAGCCUCCCUCGGCCCCGCCCCCAAAGGAGUCGACAAGAGAGGCAGACCCAUCCUCUAUCAGGGGGGCAGAAUGCUCUGCAAUAACUUCAACGACCUGGGGUGCAGCACGUCCAGUUGUCGUUUCCUCCACACUUGCUCCUUUUGCGGCGGAGCCCACGCCAGAGUCACCUGCCCCCACAACCCCACUAAGCACGGUCCAUGUAAGUAUCUCAAUACUCCAAUUAACAUUCACGCCCUCUCCUCUGCCUUAAUAAACCACCCAGACCGCCAGUUCGUCAAUUACCUCAUCCAGGGGUUCACCCACGGCUUUCACCCAGGUUUGUAUGUCACGCCAGAUUCCUCCUUCUCAUGCCACAACCUACAAUCCGCCAUAUCAGACCCCGACACGGUAGACAGACUUCUGGCCAAGGAAGUCACAGAAACCUUCAUGAUCGGUCCUUUCUCCAGCCCUCCGUUCCCAUCCUUCAGAAUCAGCCCCAUCGGCAUAGCCACCCGUAAAUACUCCGGUAAGAAGAGACUUAUCAUCGACCUAUCAUCCCCACACGGCUCCACCGUCCCUAGCAUCAACAGCCUCAUCCCCAGCCCAGAUUUUUCCAUGCAGUACUCCACCAUCAACCAUGCCAUCUCCCUCAUCCGCGCCGCAGGUCGAGGAGCUUGGCUAGCCAAAGCAGAUAUCACAAGCGCCUUUAAAGUCCUCCCCAUCCAUCCAGAUUACUGGCACCUCUUCGGUGUCCUCUGGAAGGGAGCAUUUUAUUUUGCAGUCCGCUUAACCUUCGGCUGCAAGAGCAGCCCGAAAAUAUUCGACUCCCUAUCCGAAGCACUUUGCUGGAUCUUAAUCAACAACCACAAACUCCCAUACGUCAUCCACCUCUUAGAUGACUUCCUCACCGUCACACCACCUUCUCUCCCCCCGUCACACGGUCUCACCACCAUGGUUUCAGUCUUCACCGACCUCGGCGUCCCCCUCUCAGCCGAAAAGACAGAGGGACCCAGCACGUCCCUCGAAUUUCUCGGCAUCACCCUCGAUUCAAUCUCCCUGCAAGCGUCCCUGCCCAUCGAGAAAAUCCACCGCACCUCCCUACGGAUCUCCAACUUCCUCCUGGCCCACAGAUGCACCAAACGGCAACUUCUCUCACUGUUAGGCCACCUCAACUACGCCAUCCGCAUAAUCCCCCAAGGUCGAUCCUUCCUUUCACACCUCCUCUCAAUAGCCACAUCCACCCCAAAUCUCCACGACCACAUCACGCUCAAUGAAGCAAGCAAAAUGGAGCUCAAACUCUGGCACCACUUCCUCUCUUCAUGGAACGGAAUAUCUUUCUUCUACGACGACCACGUCACUAAGCCAGAGGACAUCCAGCUCUUCACCGACGCAGCGCCCUCCGCAGGCUUUGGCGGCUUCUACAGCGGCAAAUGGUUUGCAGCCGCUUGGCCUCAUGAAUUCCCACCCCUCCCCCAUUCCUCCACUAUUCACGAAAUAUACCCCGUUAUCGUAGCAGCUAUUCUUUGGGGCCACGAAUGGUCCAAGAAAACCAUCGCCAUAUACUCCGACAACAGCGCCGCAGUAGACAUCAUAAACAAAGGCCGGUCCCACUCCCUCGACAUCAUGCAGUUCAUCCGUAGGCUCACACUGGUUUCCGCACAACACCAAUUCAUCAUCCGAGCAUCGCACAUUCCAGGCCACAAAAACGCCAUCGCUGACUCUCUCUCCUGCUUCUCUCUCCAGAAAUUCAAACUCUUGGCUCCAGAUUCCGAUCCCCUUCCAACUCCGAUCCCACCGUAUUCAGCCACCAUCUUCAACUGACUCCGCAGCUGGAACACCUGGUCACCGCGUCACAAGACUCCAUCCUCAACAGCGUCUCUCCUCGAACCCUCUCCUCGUACCUAACCGGCUGGAAUUGCUUCAAAGCUUUCCACGCCUCACAUAACCUCCCAUUCCCUACACUAGACGUCCUCACCUUCACCAAUUUCAUCACAUUCGCCCAUUCAAUCCAAAAAAUCAAAUCGUCCACCAUACAAUCUUACCUCAGUGGAAUUAACUUCCUCAUUAAAAUAUCUUCGGGGUCUCCGUGCCCCGCCUUGGCUCACGCCCACAUUAACAUGCUCCUCAAAGGCCUUCGCAAAGCCGAACCGCGCCCUACGCCGAAGCGACUCCCCCUCACUUCCGAUCUCCUAGCCCGCUGCCUCAUAACCCUCCGCAAAGGCUACUCAUCCAUAAGCACAGACAAAGUCCUAGAAUCCAUGUUCCUCCUGGCAUUCUUCGGCUUCUUACGCUGCUCCGAGUUCGCAGCUUCCACCCCGCUCUACGAUCCAUCACGCCAUGCGUCAUUAUCCGACAUCUCCGUCCUCUCCUCCGAUACCCUAAUAUACUUCCUCAAACGCAGUAAAACCAACCAGUCCGGGCAACCUCAACCAGUCUACCUCUUUCGACUGAAUUCACCCUUGAGCCCAUACGAACCCAUUCUCAAUUACAUAAACUC